GGCUGCGGCUGUCCGUCCGUGUCUUUCGUUACCGUGCGCCUGCACCAUUCCGAAAAGUCGCAUUCAUCAACAGCGCGGAAAUACGUCCAAACGCCUACGUUUGCUGGAAAAUUCUCUGGACGCAAGCAGUAGUUGGACAUAAGUGUGUACGGUGCGGUGGUGUAUUGCUGUUCGUCAGGUCGGCAUCGUGAAUACGUAUAAUAAAGAAACGCAGUGAAUUCCGAUGUGCGCGCAGCCGCCACCACACUAUACCUUUCUCCAGUACGCAUCGCGCGACUUCGUCAAGAGUUUGGAAAAGCAAACAGAAAAACUCGUCUAGUCGAAUAAUAUACACGACGUACAAGAGAGAACGACGACGUGUCUGGGCUUUUUUUUUUUUUUUCGUUUUUUUGGUUUCUCUUAUCCCCUUUAACAAAGGACUUUCGCGUGUACGUGCAUGCGUAUGUGCCUGCGCGAAGCAUCAACACAGCAGCUAGACGACGAAGAAACAAAGACAGAGAUAGAGACAGUAGGCGUUUAUGUUUAUUCGUCAAAGGAAUAUAUAUCGGCGAAUUCGAGCGAAAGAGUGUGGCAGAAAGGGGGGGGAGAGUGAACGCUUCUGCGGACAAAUGUCGCUUCAGCUUGGACAAAUGUCGCAAUCUAGCCGGCAAUGUAGAGAGCAACAAGUGGACAACCAAAGCUUUUCCCUUCAAUGGCGUCCGCAACACAUGCAUGAUCGCUUUUCCUAUGAUAUGGGUAGGGACAGUCCAGGAGCUCUGCUAGAUAUGCUAGCAGAGGUGGCAUCCCAGACACUACAUUCAGAGAAGAAACUUAGUGAAAUGGAUGCUAAAUCUUCUCCGCCAAAACCAAAAGAGACUGUAAAACGCAAGAAUACACAAGUUACAUACAAUGUCAACCAGCUUUUAACUAUGCCAGCAAUGCAACUGGUCAAGUUAUUUUCAGUUUUCAGCAGCGAUGAGCUGAAAAGACAAUACUCUUAUUCUUGUGCACUUGUACCUGGAUGUGGUCAAAACUACACUAGCUUUGCCAGUGAGGGAAGAGCUAGAAUGUCCAUAAAGUCACAUCUAGCUGAUCAUUUAGAGUUUUUGAAAAACAAUGCAGAAACUUAUAGCACAUUUACAGCAGUUGCUGUAGGUUGUACCAAACCAAAAUCAAGCGUACAAAGUAAAAAAGCAAAAAUUCAAACAAAGAAACCAUCAAAGGAGACUUUAAAUAAAGAAAAUAAGGAUACUAAAGUAGGAAAGUCUACUAAUUAUCUACGUAAGAUAUUGUCAAGUGAAUUAGAAAACAAUGCUGGUCAAGAUAAAAUCAAUGAAUUCAGAAAUUCAAAUCCCUAUGAUGUAAAAAAAGAAGCAUUUGAUGUGAGACCACUUGGGGAUCAUAGUUAUUUUGAACAAGUUAAAGAAGAAAAUAUAAAUGGAGAGUCAAUAUCUAAUAUACAUAAAGUACCUGUAAAUUCUUUAACAAAUGAAAAUAUCAUGCUAAUGGUAGUUGAGAAUAAUGAAGUUGGUGUGAAGGAUCAAUCUAACACUUUAAAUAAUACAUCAAAACCUAUGGAUAUAGAAGAAGACGAGUCAAAAAGCAUGCCACUUUGGAAUGAAGAUCAGUUUCCUGCCCAGGAUUCCUUUGUAGUCGCAAAACCAAAAGGAAAAGCCAAAUUCAUUGGUACAAGUAAAGAAGAGAGAGAGAUGGCGAUCAUACUAAUUGAAAAAAUCCGUAAAAAGGGAAACCCAACAGGAAACAAUUUACAGUGCCGCAUUUGUGAUCCCCCGCGUAGUUUCACAGCACCCACAACUUUAGUCUCACAUUACCGUAGUCAUGCAGGAAUCAAACCGUACGAGUGUCGCAUUUGCAGAUCGGUCUUUACGCGACGUCAUAGUCUUAAGUAUCACAUGUUGAUCCAUCAAAAUCAAACUCGUUUCACAUGCGCUGAUUGCGGAAAAAAAUUUAGGCACCCGUCACAUUUUCGAGAACAUCGUAGAAGACAUACCGGAGAGGCGCCAUUUGGUUGUGAAGAUUGUGGGCAAAGAUUUAAAACAAGAAAUACGUACAAACGCCAUUUGAAAACACGUCAUGGUAAGGUGCUUACAAUUACAGGCGAGCUUUUGCAUCUUUCUGAAGAAGAUUCAAAGAAAGUCAGGACCAAAAAUAGACGAAAGAAACAAGAUAAUUCCGAGAACACUAUGAAUGAGACUGCAACUACUUCGAAUAAUAUCCAAGAUUCUCUAUCGACACAUGAAUUCUCUUGGGAUGAGCAGCAAACUUCUAACAAUGACUCCAGCGAAAAUGGCGUUCAACAAUGCAUGGACAAUGCCAUAUGGAUGUACCAAAAUCAACCUGGAGUAGUCAUUGAAGAGAACUACACCGAAAUUGAAGAUAAAUCACUGACAAACAAGACUGAAUUUAACGAGACUGAAAUACAAACUAACUUUGAAAACAACGAAGUAGUUAUUGCACAAACUGAUCCCGAUGGUACUUUGCAUUUCGAAAAUUAUAACUACGCACAAGAUGCUGAGUAUCCAGGCCGUAGUACAAUUCAAUAUUCUAAUGAAGAGCCACAAAAUGAAUCUGCAAACAUGGCAGAUGAUACUCAUGCCAAACAAUAUGAAAUUCAAAAGGAAAAUGAAAAGUACGAAAGGUGCGCAGAAAAUUAUUCCACAGAACCUAUUUUUGCUUUAAAAAGCGAGACUCAAGACAAUGUAUUUGUGCUGAACAGUGAAGAAAUUAUUACCCCUGACCAUGUGGAACAGCACGAAGUUGCUUCAAUAUCAAACUCCACACAGACCGAGAAUGUAGUUGAAGCAGACAACUCAGAAGAGCAAACGCUUAAGAUCAUACCAUGUCAAGUCAAAGUUUGCGAGAAUAACGGAGCAGCAACUUUGCAAUUGCUAAAGAAUAGUAAAAUUGCUUUGUUGGGAAACAAAACACAAAGUAUCAAUUUAAUACAGAAUGGAAAACAGCAUACGAUUUUACUUCUGGCUAGUGGUGAUAAUAAUCUUUUUGAAAUUGAUAAUAAUCUUAUUGAGGGAUCAAAACCACUGCCAGUAAUAGCUGUCCCAGCUGAAUAAUUGAAUGGUAUGACAUUUUUGAUACCUAAUAUUGAUCUGCAACUAUGUUUCUAUAAAUAAUUUUAAAAUAUAUCUUUGUCUACUUUGAUAAUGGAUCAUAUUUAAAAGAUUUGAUAAGUUUUCUACGAAAUAUUAUUUAUGUGAUGUAACUACACUAAUCGUUCUUCUUAACAAUCGUUUGUCAUAAAAAUUUAUAAUUUAGUAUAUUUAAUUUUGCAUUGAUUCAACUUAAUUUUUUUAUGACACAUAUUGGCUUAAAAUGUUUUUAAAUUCACGUGACAGCUCAACUUUGUCUUCCAAUACCAGAAAUCUAAUUUAAAGAUUCAUUCUUUUUUCUUCAGUAUCCUUUUUUCAUAUUUACAAUUAAAAAAUAAAAUUAUUGCAAAUUUUUUUAUAAGAGAAACAUAUGUUAGUGAAUAAAAGUUAUUUUGUUACGAAAAAUUCAUACACGAACAUUAAACACUGUACAUAAACUUGAGAUUACGUUGGUUAAUUGCCAAAUAAUGAAGCAACGAAUAAAAAAAUUAAUAUUCGUAUACAUCGUAUGCCUAAGCACUAUUCUAACGAAAACAUUUUCUAUCGUUUUCUAUCAAAAAGCAAGGAAGUUUUCCUUAUUAUUAUGCAGUGGGCUCAAAUCCAUUCCUCAAUGCGAUUGUAAUCGCAAACAAUUGAAAUGCUUUAACACAAAAUGUGCCUUACUCGAACAAGAAGCAAUUGUGAAACCGAUUUGGUAAUAAUUACAGCAUUCUUGAUAUAAAACACAUUAUAAAAAUACAUUUAUUUAAGUCACUUAUGCAUUAAUAAUUAAGAAAAUAUAGAAUAUUGUACUCCGCAUACAUGUAUCGAUUUAUAGCUUUUUAUCAUAAAAAG